AUGGCGGUGAAUGUUGUAGCAAUAUUGCAGGAGAUCUGGAAAAGCAAAUGGAAGCAGAAAGCCAUGUUUCCAAGUGAAGGCAUCGUUGUACAUGAGUCACUGAGCUCCCUGGGCUCACCAUUUGUGAGUUACAUUGCCUUGCCAGGAGGAAGUUGCUUUGGUAACUCUCAGAGCUGCUGAAACAAAGCAGAGGCAAGGCGAGAUGCUGCAAAAGUGGCUCUGAUCAACCCCCUCUUCCAUGAAUCGCCUUGUCACAGGUUCACAAAGGAAUUCAUCAUGGAAAGUGUUUGAGAGUCUGUUUCCUCAACCAGCAUAAAUGGUAACCUAAAGGAUGCUGAUGACCCAAGUACUAGUAUUGGAGCCUAUCAUUACAUGCUAGAAUCAAACACUGGAAAAACUAUGCUGGAAUUUCAGUAUUCAGUUAUGCCUAGAGAGAAGAAGCUUCAAAGGCUGAACAUUCACUUCAUAUACCAGACCCAUGCAGGCAUUAAAAAAGAGAAGUCCACCAAAUUUGAAGCAAAUAAGCCUGAUACCCAAUUCAGUGUGCCAUGGUCAGCGUUAGAGCAGUAUCAGGAUCAUUGCAAAGCGGGUCCAGCUGCAGAGAUUCAUGUCAGCCUCCACGACUACAAAAUCCUGACAAGUCCCUCUGUCAGGAAAAGAGUUGCCGAUGACAGCAGCGAAACCAGACUGAAACAGCCAGUAACGGGAGAAAACGAUUUUAUCCCUACUGCGAAACCCUCAGAGAGCAAUGCAGUUAAAAAACUUGCGUUAUUGGCUGUUUUCCUGGAAAUUACAGAGCCCUUUGCUUUUAGGCUUCCCGCCUGCAGGCCUCCAUAA